CAGGGGUCGCCGGCAACCAGUGGAUGUCCUUCGGUCGACCUCUCGGGGCUCCCCGCAGCGCCACGACACGCGGUCAUGAACCGCCUCCGGCUGCUGCGCCCCCCGCUGCCUCCUCUGGCCUCGCAGCGCCGACGCGCCCGCACGGACGGGCCCGCCGUUGGCCGGGAGUGUGUGGAGGUAUUAGGCCACACCUACCCGUGCGACGACUUCACAAACGUCACGCCGAAGAUUCUGGCCAAAGUGGGCCGCAACCUGCACAACCAACGGCAUCAUCCUCUGUGGCUCCUCAAGGAGAGGAUCAAAGCUCACUUCUACAGCGCUUACGCGGCUCGCUCGGGCGACCCGCUGUUCUCGGCGCACGACAACUUGAGCCCCGUGGUCAGCGUGGAGCAGAACUUCGACAGCUUGCUGAUCCCGCCCGACCACCCCAGCAGGAAGCGCGGAGACAACUACUACCUGAACAGGAACACCAUGCUCCGCGCUCACACGUCGGCCCACCAGAGGGAGCUAGUGAGCGCGGGCCUGGACGCCUUCCUCCUGGCCGGCGACGUCUACCGUCGGGACGAGAUCGACGCCAGCCACUAUCCCGUCUUCCACCAGUUGGAGGGGGUGCGCCUCUUCUCCAACUACCAGCUCUUCUCCGAAGUUCCCAACGGCGAGGAUCUGAAGAUGUUUGAGGCGGCCGGACGCAGGACGCCUCACAAACAGGAAGUCCACAGUCUGGAGGCCGUCAAGCUGCUGGAGUUCAACCUGAAACGAACGCUCGGCAGACUCGUCAGGCAUCUGUUCGGAGAAGACUUGGAGGUGCGCUGGGUGGACUGUUACUUCCCCUUCACUCAUCCCUCCUUUGAGAUGGAGGUGCGUUUCCAUGGCGACUGGAUGGAGGUGCUGGGCUGCGGAGUCAUGGAGCAGCAGCUGCUCAACUCUGCAGGCGCGGCCGACAAGGCGGGCUGGGCGUUCGGACUGGGCCUGGAGCGUCUGGCCAUGGUUCUGUACAAGAUUCCCGACAUCCGAAUAUUCUGGAGCCAAGACGAGCGCUUCCUCAAGCAAUUCCGCGUGGACGACAUCCAUCGGGAGGUCCGCCUCCAGGCGCUGAGCAAGUAUCCUCCGCUGCACAACGACAUCUCCUUCUGGCUUCCCGCUGCGGGCGAGCCGGCCUUCCACGCCAACGACUUCUACGAGUUGGUGCGCGCCGUCGCCGGCGACCUCGUAGAGGAGGUCACGCUGCUCGAUGACUUCACGCACCCCACGAGCGGGAGGCGGAGCUUGUGCUUCCGCGUGGCUUACCGCCACACGGAGCGCACGCUGAGCCAACAGGAAGUACACGCGGUCCACGGCGAGAUCCAACGGCGAGCCGAGACGCAGCUGGGCGUGGAGGGACGCUACUGAAGCCGUCGCUUUAUAAGAAACCCUGGGAUGCCGUCGUCCGUGACAUCUUUCUACGAUGGAAGCCGAAACAACUUCACACUCGUGUUUGGUCAUUUCAUCCUAUUUUAUAUGUAAACUCGUGUUGUCGAGCUGAACACGUCCAGGCUGUCAUAGUAAGAUAUCACGUGAUUAUAAAACCGUUCAGAAAUUGGAAUGUAUUUGUUAAACGGCACACGUUCGACGUACGAAUUGAAUUGCGUUGCCAAGUGAAGGUCCGCUAUUAAAAGCUUACAUCGGCCAAAACUGUCCACCCUGUCGGCAAGCUUACUGUACAUAUUUGGCUGUUUGCAUGUCCGCUGUCUGCUUGGAGUUCAUUUAUACAUUUUAAAAAAUGUGCAAGUUUGACCAAUAUGUUUUUCUGACAUCGCCUUAUUCAAAUGAAUGAGAGGUUCAAUAGAAAAUCUCACAUUUCUGGGAGCGAACUGGGCAAAAUGUCUCAAAGGCACCUCACGGCGACAUUGACGCUCCAGGAGUCGGUCAUAUUUGAAUUUGUAUUUUUAUUAGUACCAUCAUGUCGCACCAUCCAAAUUCCUACUUGUGAAUGUACCUUCCGCCGAGAAUUGCAAUAAACAGAUUCUGAUUCUACAGCUGAGCGAGGCCCUCGUGGCGCUGCUGCCAGGCUAGCCACCGGUGCUAAUUAGCUGGAAACCCGCUAUUUUCAUUUCUCACUUUGAAAAGCUCUCAGCUGUCCCAAAAAGGUUGUUGCUAAUAAACUGUCUCCUCUCGUCCGCGGGAUUGCGAUGAUGUCAACUUUACAAACCAAUGGAAUCUUUCAAAAUAAAAGCUAACUAACACUC